UUAUGAAUAUUUAGUGCUAGAACUUGAAUUGAGCGGAAGAAAGGAAGACAUCACGGCUACUUUUGUUUUCGCGUUUUUGUUUUCUUCUCACACGAGUGACGAGUUAACUAGACUUUCUCAAGCGACUGGCACAUUAUCCGAAGAAACAGGCGUUUUAUAUCUGUAUUCUGCAGAAAAACAAUGGCUUUUAUGUUUAAACACAUGAUAGGGGGGCAGCUAAAGGAUCUUACCGGGGGUCUUGGAGAAGAAAAGCCAGAAGGAGAAAAGACCGAGGCUGCAGCAAAAGGAAUGACACACGAAGAGUUUGAACAAUAUCAAGAACAGUUGGCGGAGGAGAAGUUGGAGCGGGAUACCAGCUUUGCCCAGAAGAAGGCUGAACGGGCCACAGUCAGGAGCCACUUCAGGGAAAAAUAUCGUCUUCCAAAAAGUGAACUGGACGACACACAAAUUCAGGCUGCGGCAGACGACGUGGAGUUGCCCACAGAACUGGCCAAGAUGAUCGCUGAAGACAACCAGGAGGAGGAGAACAAGCAGUCUGUCCUGGGUCAGCUGACCAACAUUCAGAACGUAGAUAUUGAUCAGUUAAAAGAGAAGGCCCAGUCCACCCUCGAAGACAUUAGACAGUCGGCUGAAAAGUGUGAUGUCAUGUAAUCCAGCCAGGCACACGAGCACCCCAGAGUUGGACUGCUAAUUGAGGAUCAUGUGUUUCGUCGGCUCCGAUGACUUCAGGGAGAAUAUAGGGAAUAAAUCAGAAACAUAAACAGCAUGCCUAAUGAGAUGCUUUGUGAAAGACAAGCUCCUACCCGAAGCCAAGCAAUCAUAUAUAAAUUUGAAAUGUUUGUUAAUAUCGCAAAUAAUGUUUGCCACACUGUAUACAUUGUCUUAAGGCAAUAAUUAUCAGUUAACAUCUUUCUACUUGUUGUUCUUUAGUGCUUAAAAUGUUAUAUUUAUUUAUAUGUGAUUGACUAUUCUACAUCUACUUUAAAUUAGCCAGAAAAUGUUACAAAAUACAGUAUUCCUGUCAUAUUAAUAAUAAGUAGAA